AUGUCUCGGCCGCCGCGAGACCCGGGCGGCGGCAACGUCCGCGUCUUCGUCAAGUGGCACGACCAAACCGUCUUCGCCGGCGAGGACGUCAAGUGCACCAUCACCUUUCAGAACGUCGCCUCCACCCAGGCGCAGCAGCAGCAAAAAGACCCCAGCCCCGCGCCGCACCCGAGGACCCCCAGACUAGCGAGCGGCGGCCACGGCGACCGCCUGCUUCCGCCCUCGGGCCCCCGGGGCCAUAGGUCGACCGCUUCCAGCCCGAGGCUGCCACAGCACGUUGGGCCCGGGUGGGCGAACCCUCCCAUCCAGGCCGAGGUGUCGUCGCGAAACGGCAAGUCCGGGCACAGGAAAUCGUUGUCGAUUGUCUCGCUGGGCGGAACUGGCUUUUCCGGCGACGACGGCUCGAGCGGCUCGAUGGGUGGCCCUGGGAGAAGGGGCAUGAUGGGGAGGCACGGAAGGUCGGCGAGCUUGCAUAUUGCGACGACGGCGGGCUCUGUCCGGGCCGAGCCGGAGAUUCACUCUGCUCGCUCCCCCGAAAUAUCAGCUCCCCGACGUUUAGCUCGGCAUACGCCCAAGCUAGAAACAUGCGGCCUUCGAGGGCCUCCACCCGGGAUGCCCGACUUCAAGUUUCCUGCCGCGCCACACUCGCCCGACCUGGGAAGCGACAUCCACGAGCCCCAGAUACAGGGAGGCGUGAGUCCCCUGUCCUCCUCCGCCGAGUUCUCGGACCUCCCUGUGCGAUCCAAAAACCCUCCCAUCCCGACGAUUGCCGAGCACCACGCCGGACCAGCCUCCCGCAUACUCGCGAGCACUAGCUUAGCGAGCAACGGCACCCCGAGGAGCAGCGGCGAGUUCUACUCCAUGAGCAACAACUCGACCGAGACGCUCGUUUCCGAAUACCCUUCCCAGCCACCCCAGACGCGGACGUCCACGGCGCGGCCCCUGCACCUGCGGAGACUAUCCAACAUUUCUACGUCGGCCACUCUGGCGCCAGAAUCCAUCAUGAUGGGAUAUGCCCGGAUACAGGGGUCUUUUACACUUGAUGGUUCGCUGGUCAACCUUAACCCCUUUGAGCAGGUCAAGAAGAAAGCCGUCGUUGACGGGCAGGGCGGCGGCGUCGUGGGACUUGAACCGACGAAGCGGGACAGCGGGCUGCUGGGGAGCUUUGGGUGGGGCAGCAUCAGCAGCUCCCUCGGCGAGCUUCUCGGCGGUAGCGAGAUGAGCACCAUCAAGACGAUGAGGGGCAUCGCCAACUCGAAAUCUAUUCCCCUGCUCUCCACACCGCAGAGCUUGCUCUUCGGGCGGGCUAUGAAGAUUUCGUAUACCCUCGUCAUCGGCACACAACGUGUCGGAGGCCCCAAGGAGCAACGGCUACGCUCGGUCGAGAUCCCCUUCAGGGUCCUCGGUAGCGUGAACGGCUACGGUGAAAUUUUGGGCCAUGACCUGAUGAAUCCUUACAUUAUAUUACAGGACCACGCCAAGGUCCCCGCACCCCCAGCGGCCGGCAACGCGACCGUAGACGAUUUCCUUGGCUACGUCGACGAGCUAUUAUCACGGAGGCGGAACGGGGCCCAUGGGGGCCUGCUCUCGCCGACGGCGACAAUGCCGAACUCGAGGCGGCCGUCGGUUUACGAAGAAGAGGUGGCGUCGACGGCGAAGGAGGCCAUAGACAUGGCGAUUCUCCGCAGCAAUAGAGCGUCCGAGGGCCAGAGCAGCCCAAACCGGUUCGAGAUUGCGCGCAACGGGCAACGAGUGGCCCUCAUCGUGCUCACGCGCGCCGCCUACAGGCUGGGCGAGGUGGUGACGAUGGUUGUCGAUUUUGCCAACGCCGAGGUGCCGUGCUACGCGGUGCACUCGGACCUGGAGACGUACGAAAAGGUGGACCAGUCCCUGGCGAUGCGGUCCGAGGCCGGCGUGCAGCGGGUGACGAGGAAGGUGCUCGUGUCGGGCUCGGAGGCGACGCUCUUCUCUAAGCGGGCCGUGUUUAUGGCGACGAUCCCCAUCAGCGCCACGCCUGAGUUCAUUACGAGCGGGGUCAGCCUCGAGUGGAAGGUUCGGGUGGAAUUCGUCGUGCCCGCCGAUGGUCGGCAGCACCCUUCCGCAAGCUCGCCGCGCCCCCGGGCGCAAGGGGAAGGGGGCGAAGAGAAAGUCGAAGAAGAAGAAGACGAGGAGUACCAUCAGCAGCAGCAGGACGAGUCCCAACCGCUGGCGCGAGAAGGAGAAAAAGCCCGUGGGCCGUCCCAGGUGCACCCGUUGCUCGAGCCGCUGUCGAGGGAUGAUAAGGGCGGGCUCGUGCUUGUCGCGGUCGAGAACAUGCCCUGCGAGAGCUUCGAGGUAGCGGUCCCGCUGCGGGUGUACGGCUCGGUUGGGAGGGGCUUGGAACGGCUGGAUAGGGACGACGUGGGGAGACGGGAUUGGCUGUGUAGAAAAGGCGGUACGAUGCGUCUUUUACGACCGGUGGUCAAGGUCUACGCAGCAGAUACGCGCAUCCAGCUACAACCCCGCCUCUCUUUUGUGUUCUCUCUCUUCGAGCACGCUUACACACAGUAA